UCAGACAACUUUCCCUAAAGAGUAUAAUCAUAUAGAAAAGUCUUUGACAAGUGAAGAAAGACAGUCAUGCUUCCUAUGUCCAGCGGCACCGCUUGGAUGGGCGGAGACGAACACGGCGCAGUGUCUUGGACCAGAAACAAUAAUAACAAUGAGGCAGAACUCAGAAGAAACGACCAAGAUUCGAGCUUGGGAGCUUCUUUUUCAAACUUCAAAUUAAUGCUGGAAGGUGACUGGUACACCAACAACAUUCUCAGCAACCCAGCUCAAGACCUCCAUGCCUUCUCUUCCACCCAAGCUUCUGAAACUACACUUGCUCCUCUGCAACCAAACGACUCCUCCGCCUCCUGUUCUCCGUCGCAGGCAUUCUCUCUCGACCCUUCACAGCCGCCACAGCAGUUUUUGCCUCCAAAAUCCUGCUUCUCCUCUCUCCUCAACGUCGUCUGCUCCAACCCUUUUGAUAGCAGCUUCGACCUGGGCUGCGACGCUGGGUUUCUGGGCUCCUUUCAGGGAAAUCAGCCUUUCAAUUCCUCUCUUCUGACGAGUUUCACGGCUCUCAAUUCUCACUCUCAGAUGGGUACUCCCGAGUUCAGUUCGAGCGCCGAGUUUCCGGCGAGUCGGUUGCUGCCAGUGACCGACAACCCCAAUGUACUCGACGGCGACUUUGGCUUCGAAGGCUUCGAUGGCUCCGCCGGUGCUCAGCUGCUAAACGGGGCUAAGCUCCUGUUCCCUCCCAUGGGUGCUCAGCCCACUGUUUUCCAGAAGCGCCGCCAAAACUCUGGCAGUGAUGGGGCUGAUAAAUUGGGGAAUUUGGAGAUUUGGUCCCCAAGAUACGGACGACUAGUGGAGAAUUUGGAGAAGAAGAAGAAGAAGAAGAGGAACGAGGAGGGUGAGGUGGAGGAAGAGAGUCUGGAUGUGUCUGGUUUGAAUUAUGACUCGAACGAUUUUAAUGAGCACAGUCAAGUGGAGGUGGAGGACAAUGCGAAGAAUGGUGGAAACAAUUCGAAUGCCAACUGUACUGUCACCGGAGUAGAGGGAGGUGACCGCAAGGGCAAGAAGAAGGGUUUGCCGGCCAAAAAUCUGAUGGCGGAGAGGAGGCGGAGGAAGAAGCUCAAUGACAGGCUUUACAUGCUUAGGUCUGUUGUACCCAAGAUAAGCAAGAUGGAUAGGGCGUCCAUACUAGGGGAUGCAAUUGAUUAUUUGAAAGAGCUUCUACAAAGGAUCAAUGACCUCCAUAACGAGCUGGAUUCAGCUCCACCUAGCUCUUUGCUGCCACUUUCAACAAGCUUUCAUCCGUUGACACCCCCUCCAUCCACCCUUCCCUGCUGUGUCAAAGAAGAGUUCUGCCCAAGCUCCUUGCCAAGCCCCAAAACUCAACCGAAGGUGGAGGUUUGGGUAAGGGAAGGGCGAACUGUUAAUAUCCACAUGUUCUGUACUCGGAGACCAGGUCUCUUUCUCUCGACCAUGAGGGCCUUGGAUAACCUUGAUUUGGACAUCCAGCAGGCUGUGAUCAGCUGCUUCAAUGGGUUUACUUUAGAUGUGUUCCGAGCUGAGAUAUGUUUCUUUUCCGAAUAGCGAAUUGCUGAGACUGUUUUUACAUAUGAAGUAUAAGGGUGACUUGUAUUAACUCAAAAUAACACACACGCACACGCACACGCACACACGCACGUACGACUUUGUGUAUGUAUGUUCUUUUUCAUUCUUGAUGCUUUACUUUUUGACAUCCAAAUGUAACAUAUAGUAUUACCCUGACUUUGCGUAAAAAUCUUCUAUUUUACUUUGGGAGAUACGAAUGUUGAGUUUUCCAUGUUUGCUGCUUCUGAACUUCAAUUUUUGAGUCCAUUUUGUUCGGAAGAUAGACUCAAAUAAAGAUUAAUCCCGAAAAGAUUUUUGUGGUUGGUCACAAUUGAUUGGCAUUAAAACUGUUUUGGUAGUGUCUGAGGCAUUGUUCCGGGAAUGCCAUGCAACAAAAAUGUGGUAUUCUUACCGUAUCUUUCGCACUAGUAAAUCUUUUUGGGUUUUGUAUGGACACACAAAACCUAAUCCCUUGUAUGUUAAACAGCAAUGCAGGGAAAACCAGUUCUUGCCAGAGCAAAUAAAAGCAGUACUUUUGGAUUCAGCCGGAUUUCAUAAUAUGAUGAUGUAACUGUUACUCGAGCAAUACAAAUUGGAGCCUUACAAUUGGGAGACAUGAAGGCGGGCAGGCACUAACUAGUAGUGUGGUUUGUUUGUACCUCCCUCAACUCAACUAAUGGAGUAGCUAGUUUGUAAAUGCAGCGGCUUCCUACUCCUCUCUUCGUUCCAUCGGUAGAGCCUAUAGAGCUCAACUAGAAGCAUUUCAGCCAACGAUGUCCGUAGGUUUAGUUUUUUAUCAUCUGUUUUGUUGCAGUGGAUUAUGUUGUGUUGAAUCAUCAGGCAAAACUGCUCUGUUAUCUUCAGUAACUAACUUCAGCUCUUGAAGUUAA